AUGGCUGUGGGAGCUUUAGGAGUUCUCAUCUACCCACUCCUACAAGAAUCACUCUUCACAUGCAAAAGAGCUGACAGACCCCAUAUUAUUAAAGAUAUUCUCAAGAUUGGCAAUUUGUGGUGCUUUACUAAUCUUACAAAGUUGCAACUUGAUAAUAAUAUCAUUGAAAAAAUUGAAGGACUGGAAUUACUUGUGCAUCUUGUCUGGCUGGAUUUGUCCUUCAACAACAUUGAAGAAAUUAGUGGACUUGACACUCUCACCAAAUUGCAAGAUCUGACACUUUACAAUAAUAGGAUAUCAAAGAUUGAAAACAUGGAUAAUCUGACUGAAUUAGAAGUCCUUUCUCUUGGCAACAAUGAAAUUAAUGACCUUGAAAUGAUCAAGUACCUGCGCAGAUUUAGAAAACUGAAGAUGAUCAACCUCAUAGGGAACCCAUUUUGUGAAGAGGAGGAUUACAAAAGCUUUAUUGUGGCCUAUUUGCCUUGGAUUGAUUAUCUUGAUUAUGCAAUGGUUAAAGAGGAAUUUAGACAGAGGGCCAUUGAGUCAUAUCAAAUUUCUUUAGAUGAUCUUACUGAGAAAGAGAAGAAAAAAGAAAUAUUAAAACAAAAAGAACAUGAAAUGCAUGAAAAUUAUCUGCAACACAAGGAAGCUUAUGUGGAAGGUCUUAAUGAUGAUACACUAUUUAAGAAUAUGUAUGAAGAUGAUGUGGAGGGCAAGAAGCUCAACGAAAUGCCAGGAGUUAUACUCGAACUUGCUGGAUAUCCUUUUCCAAUCUGUUCAUAUCUAACUUACAAUUCUUAUCUAUCUAUCUAUCUAUCUAUCUAUCUAUCUAUCUAUCUAUCUAUCUAUCUAUCUAUCAAAGACAGUGUCAUAAAGUACUUGUAUGGAAAGUAUAGCUACUCUAUCUAUCUAUCUAUCUAUCUAUCUAUCUAUCUAUCUCAAUUAGUUCCUAUCUAUCUAUGUAUCUAUCUAUCUCAAUUAGUUCCUAUCUAUCUAUCUAUCUAUCUAUCUCAAUUAGUUCCCAUUCAUCUAUCUAUCUAUCUAUCUCAAUUAGUUCCUAUCUAUCUAUCUAUCUAUCUAUCUCAAUUAGUUCCUAUCUAUCUAUCUAUCUAUCUAUCUCAAUUAGUUCCUAUCUAUCUAUCUAUCUCAAUUAGUUCCUAUCUAUCUAUCUAUCUAUCUAUCUAUCUAUCUCAAUUAGUUCCUAUCUAUCUAUCUAUCUAUCUAUCUCAAUUAGUUCCUAUCUAUCUAUCUAUCUAUCUAUCUAUCUAUCUAUCUAUCUAUCUAUCUAUCUAUCUAUCUCAAUUAGUUCCUAUCUAUCUAUCUAUCUAUCUAUCUAUCUAUCUAUCUAUCUAUCUAUCUCAAUUAGUUCCUAUCUAUCUAUCUAUCUAUCUAUCUAUCUAUAUAUCUAUCUAUCUAUCUAUCUAUCUAUCUCAAUUAGUUCCUAUCUAUCUAUCUAUCUAUCUAUCUAUCUAA